CAGAAAUGAGAAAUGCAGUGAAUCUCAGUCUAAACUCUGUGUUGAUCAAAACUUCACUAAUCAGUUUCUAGUCAGUGAAGUCUGCAUGUUCUGCGUCAUUUCAUCAUCAUCAUCAUCACGUGUUUCCAUUUACUUCCUGCAGCAGAAAUUAAGGUCCGGCUUCUUCCAGACUCUCCUGCGGGCUUCCGCGCUCUGUCUCGUGGGUGUGUUUGUUCUGUCGGGUCGCUCCGGCGGCGUCCUGCUGUGUUACUAUCGCCCCCUGCAGGCCAGAGGCGGCCGCUGCACCAACAUGACCACGGAGUGCAGGCCGCACGAGCGCUGCUUCUCCGGCUGGAGGCGCUACGGUCCGGUGUCCGUGCUGGCCGCCCAGGGCUGCGUGUCCCCGGAGCUGUGCGGCUCCAACCACACGGUCACUCUCAUGGGCUUCGACUAUCAGAUCACCUACGCGUGCUGCUGUCACGACCGCUGCAAUGAAGCUCCCGCACCGGGGAACCGUCUCAAGCAGCUGUUCGGGGUUACCGUCAGACCGACGGACAACAUCACUGCCGGUGACCCGCUUCACUGUCCGGACGAGUGAUGCUCUAAACACUGGAAAGUGUGUUUUAUUGAGCGUGAGACACAAACCAAUGUCGCACACACAUGAUGGUUUGUAUUAAUAACGUGACGAUUUUAUUAAUACAGAAAGGCUGCAACGGACUGCCGUUUCUUCCCUCUAUCAGCUGGUUUACAGUCAGGGAACUGAUGAACCUUUGUUAAAAAAUAAACCAUGUUUGAGUCCAUUUUUAUCACUCUAUGUCUUGGGUUUAAUGGUAAACCAUUUAAACUGGUUAUGGUGGUCUGGUUCAGCUGGUGCUUCAGGCUGAAACUGCCAUUAUGUGGGAAAUUCUCAAGAUGGAGUAUUUGGGAAUAUAUUUGCUGUUCUCAUUUAACUACCACUUUUCAGUUGUUUUAACUGUUUGUGCAAUAUUAAUAUCCAGAGUUUGACAUUAUUUUUUUUCCACUUAUCUGCUACAAAUGAAUGAUUUGACAUCUACAGCUCAUCCCUAAACUCUGUAUGUGAAGCACAGAGGGACAUCAGUGUAAAUGUUGUACAUUUUAAUUGGUUUUGUUAAUUUCUAUGCGGUCUUCAACUCCUUUUAAACAUUUUAAAGUGGGUAAGAAAAUUGGAAACACUUUCACAAUUACUUUUACACUGACAAUCUCAUGAGAAAAUCUAAGUAUUUUAAGAGGUGAUUUCAUAUGGAUUUGUACAAUAUGAGUUGUGGAAACUUUUUUUUUUUUUUUUUUUUUAAGUAAGCAUGAAGGUCCACUCUGAACCUGACCAUCAGUGCGGUUUAAGCAGAUCGUACAAAUUCAGAUGACUUGACCACCAAUUUACCAAAAUGUAGUGAUUACAAAUUGCUGUAACAGUGUUCCUUUUGUUCAAUAUUUAAUUAGUAAAUGGGUAAAAUUGUGUUUUAAUCUCUCCAUCUGAUCCCACAUGAUAUUUCUAGUUUAAGAAGUGAAAGUUUUGGGUAAAUUCUAAUGUUGCACCACUGCCGUUAGGGUUGGGUACAUAUCA